ACACCAAAUUCAAUUCACGGUAAUAUAUUUAGUGCACGAGCAGUGAUCCAUGUAGUGAGUAGUGCUGUUUUGGAUAUCAAACGAAAGAAUAUGCCCGUCAUUUCUUUCCCUUUCAUCAGUUGCCUCUUGCAUCAGCUACUAUGCAAGAUACUAGAAACUACACGAUAUAGAGUGUUGCAAUAAAUAAGAAAGAUAUGUUUCAAGAUAUGAUGUGCUCCAGCCCUUUCAUCCCAGAAACGUCAGGGAAGUGAACAUAGCUAUUUGAAUGCCUGAUGUUCACCACUUCCAUCCUCAAGAUCUCAGUAGAACCACCAUGCAUAUAAAGUGAUGAUCCAGCCUAAGAACUGCAAGCUGCAACAAAGUGAUCCAAGCUCCAAUGUCUUCCAUGGAAGAACCUCUGCUACCUUUGGUCCAGCGUGACCAAAAGUACACUUCCAAGAAAGACAUAAGAAGAUCCUGUGAUGUUCCAAGCAGGUGCGCAAAUUCCUUUUGCCCAAACAGUAAUUGCAAAGCUAACUCCAAUACUCCCAAUCAUCUUCCACCCACUAAUGAAAAUAGCAAUAUGGUAUCCCCAUCAAAUAUCCAGCGGGCGCACUCUUCACCUUCUAUAUUCACAUCAAGCAAAGAAACACCCUGUGCAGAUGAGAUCCAUGACCAAAGCCAUGCUACCACUGCACAAUUUGCACCAUCAAUUGCAAGGCAGGCUAUUGUCAGUGUCAUCUUAUACAUCUCAAUAGGGGUCCUUGUGUACAUAACAAAUGUUGAAGGCUUCAAGGGAAAAUCCACGUUCAAGUUAGUGGAUGCCCUUUACUUCACCAUCAUUAGUUUGUGCACAAUAGGAUAUGGUGACAUAGUCCCUUGUACUAACUUCACAAAGGUGUUCACAUGCUUGUUCCUAUUAGUUGGUGUUCGUUUUGUCGACCUUAUGCUAAAUGGGCUGUUAACAAAUGUGCUGGAUAAGCAGAGGACAGUUCUACUCAGCACAAUGGAUGACAAUAAGCUCAACAAGGUGUUUGACACCUAUAUGGUUGAUGCUAAAAAGAAAAGGUCAAGAGGAAGGAUGAAAGUAAUGCUUGCAUUAGCGGUUGUAGUAGGCACUAUCUCAUUUUGCACAAUAAUAGUACAUGAAGUGGAGGGCCUAAGCUGGAUCGAUAGUUUCUAUUUGUCAGUCAUUUCUGUUACGACAGUUGGAUAUGGGGACAAAAGCUUCUCAACAACAGCAGGAAGGCUCACUGCCACUGUGUGCCUUUUGGUAAGCACUUUGGCAUUUGCAAAGGCCUUUUUAUUCCUAACAGAUCUAAGGAUGGACAGAAGAAACCGCCGGACUACAAAAUGGAUCCUCCAGAAGAAAAUGGACAAUGAGCCACUUGUCGCAGGCCUAGACAACAAUCCUGCUGUAAGUAAAUCAGAUUUUGUUAUCUACAAGCUCAAGGAGAUGGGGAAGAUUGAUGAGAAAGACAUCGCAAUGAUCUCCGACCAGUUCAAUCAGCUAGAGUUUGGAAAAUGUGAAAGGAUCCCUAUCGUGGAUAUAAUUGGAAAACUAUGAAUCUAGUAUCAGUACCUAAGGAAAUAUCCCAUAUCACAAUGAUAGACUCCGCAUACACUUUGUUAAGUAGGAUGCGCAUGUAUGUGACAUAUUUAAUACCCUUGCCUAUCAUGAGUAUUCAAAUACAUUAUCUGGUGCAGUUUAA